AUGGGCAAGCUCAAGGUGCGCCCCGAGAUUGACGUCGAGCGCGGGGUGGUGUAUGGCGUUCUCCAGCAGAUCCGGUGGGCCGAGGCUACCGGCGCCACGCGGGCGCCGCCGAUGGUCGGGGUGUGGUACAUCGCCAUUGACCCCCGCAUGAGCGGCGUGGUGACGCUGAUGGUGAAAUUGGUGGAGGAGCCAGAGGAGCUAGGCCAUUUGAAGCGGUUCAGCAAGGGCGACGACGGCAAGCUCCGGGCGGUGGUGGGGUCGCACCUGGUGUGGCCGAGUGCAAGUGAGGCUCUCGCAUUUAUCCAGGCGCAGGCGCCACUGUUGACGGUGGCGGAAGUAUACAGUGUCGACGUGCCCCGUGUGGCUCCUUACACCAAGGAGAUUGCCCUUGAGUGGCUGGCAAAGUAUUGGCCGAUGCUGUGGAAAGGGAACCCUAACCACCAGUUCCUCAACCUGGUGGUGAGGGAUAUUGAUGAGGAGCGCCGGCGCCUCGACGCGGUAUGUGCCCUCAGCUCUGGUGCCGGCGGUGUUGCUGCCACGAUAAUGGUGGACCCCAAAAUGGGGGCCGAAGUGGCGCUGGCGGUCACGGAUGAAACCAAAGGUCCUACCGGCCACCUGGUGAUGCGGGCAAUCGCCGCUGUAGCUGACGGGGAGCUUGCGCGGCGGCAACAACAACUGUGUCAGGGCGGUCAAGAAGGAGCCAGUGAGGCAGCGCCGGCGCGCGAGGGACUCGGGUACCUUUGCCACAACUUGAUCGUGUACACCACACACGAGCCGUGUGUGAUGUGUCUGAUGGCGCUUGUCCACCUGCGGGUGGGGCGGGUGACGUUCAUCGAGCCGACGCCGCUGGGAGGGUUGGCGCUGAACUACCAGCUAGGCGAUCGCCCUGGUUUGAACUGGCGGUUUGAGAUCUGGCACUGGGUGGGCGAACACCCCCCGGUAACUCCCGCUGACUCUGAACAAGACUAUUGA